AUGGAGCUUGAAGGGGUGGAGGCGCUGUGCAUCUUUGUCUUGCAGGGUAUCACUGCAGCAGCUUUGUGUGCGGCUUUGUUACAAUCUCUAUGGAGGGGUCAGCUGCCCGACAUAGUUGUUCAGAUGCAGUAUGGCUUCUGCAGCCUUAGAGAUCGCUGGACUCAGCAGCCGAAGCCCAAGCCCGGCAACGCACGCGUCGAGGCGAAGUUUGUCGACACUUUGUGCAAACUUUUGAUCAACGGCUGCAGGGUCGUCGUUGUGGCUCUCUUUCUGCGAUUGCUUGCCAUUCAAGGCCCUCUGCUGAACCGUCAGAAUCAUCAGCUUCAUGCUUCGCUGGACGUCUCCAACCUUAUCUCAUAUCCAAUAGUGCUCUUUCUGGUCAUGUUCCACCACAGGGCCAUUUCCUGCAGAACGCUGGAUGUUUGGUACGUCCUGCUGCAAACGCUUUGUGUGAUUCCUUUGCUUUGGACUGCAGCGGCGGAUGUCACCAGCGUCUCCCUCAUCACUUUGCUUCCUCGCGUGAUGCUGGGUUUGUGCCCGAAGCGUGGGUGGCUUCCAGUUCUUGGGAACGUGGUUCACUGGAUCUUAGCUGUGAAACAGGUGGAGUUCCAAUUGCAAAGUGAUGUCUUUCUCGCACAGUCAGCCGAACUUGUUCUACUAUUCUCCGGCGUGUUCCCCCUCAGGCAUGCACUGUACGAAAAUGUGAGGAUGAGUUUUGAGUUGAGCACGCGCACCAUUGAGCUCUCAGCAGUUUCGGGACUGCUUCUUGGAUACUGUGAUGCAGUGGUCGAAGUUGAUAGCAGCUUGAAACUCACAGACGACUCUCGGCAGUUUUCCACAUUGCUUCUGCACGGGCAUGGCAUCUCUGCUGGAAGUUUGGCCGGCUACGACUUCCUCAGCUUUUUCCAUGUGGACGACCGGGAACACAUCAGGAUGUCAUUGGGUGCGCAACACCAAAGCACACAAGCUUUGGCUCUCAACGCGCGGAUGCAGGAUUGCUUGGGCAACUUCGUGAAAGUGGAGAUCUUGUUUACGUCCUUCCAGAAUGCAGAUGGCCAAGAGUGUCGCUUGGUCGGAAUGCGCGAGUUCCAAGACUUCAACUCCGUGGCAGUGCCUCUUCCUAUGGGCCCUGCACACUCGCCUGCAGCCAGCCCGGCCAGCCCUCCGGAGGACGCCUGUUCUGUUGCAUUUGACGCCACCUCCUUCGACAUCCUCUCCCUGUCCGCAGCCUUCAAAAAGCUUUGUCUUGAGAACGGAGCUGACGACAUUUCGGAAGGCAUGAGCAUCUUCGACUUGUCUACAGGCAACGAUCCCGCCUCCCUCGCCGGCUACAUCCAGACCGCUGUGAACUCACUCGAACCUGAGAAAUUGGAAGGCGACCUCUUGCUUCUUCGCGAUGUGGUUCUCUUUGGCACGACCAAGGUCCAAGCGACCCUUCAGUUUCAGACGGACAAGAUGUUGGAUGCGCUCAUAGGGAACCUAUGCAUCGACGCUGCCCCACCGACAAUGACGCUGACAGCCACAAAUCUGGCAAAGCUGAAUGGGCACCGACAGCGUUGUGGCUCCAACAGAAGCCGAAGCUCGAAGAGCUCUCGCAGUUCCCGUCGGCGUCGAAGCGGUGAAACUGGUGAGCAUGUUCGGCAGGGUAGUAUUUUCGAUCUUCGGAAACAAGUUAUGGCUCUCUAA